UUUUUGACCAAGUAACUGCGUACCAUUUUCAUUCAUCCUUAGAUAUGUUCAUCCUCCAUUGUACACUCGCUGCCAUCACUCCACCUUGUUAACAAAAAUGAAGCAACUUCAUGUUUUUCAUAUUGUUAUCUCGAUCUUAUUAUCAACAGCAUCAACAGAAGCUCUUGAUUACGCUAAGACAGGAUGCAAAGAUACUUGUGGGGGAAUCCAGAUUCCAUUCCCUUUUGGGAUUGGACCAAACUGUUCUGUGAACGAAUGGUAUGCUAUUGAUUGCAACUCUUCAAAACCAUAUCUAUCCGCAUUCCACAACCUGGAGGUGUUGAGUGUGAGGUUGAAAGAACAAAUAGUCAUAGUUAAGAUCCCAACAAUCUCUGGUUGCCAGAAUCCAUUGCAGAAUAACACUGAUCUUAUCCCAAGUGUCGACCUUGGUGAGAGCCCCUUCCUAUUUUCCAAAACUCAUAACGUAUUCAUCGUUGAGGGGUGUGGUCAUGCUGCUAUCUUGGAUGAUCAGAACCAUUUCACUGGAUGUUCAACUACUUGCCUCAAUGAAUCAAUCAGUGAAAAAAAAAAUUAUUCUGGCAUCAGUUGUCAAACUACAAUUCCUCAUUAUUUACAGUCCUACACUGUGGAUCUUUCGCGUUUACAAAGGCUUGAUGGAGGUGGACAUUGUGGGUCUGCCUUUUUGGUGGAUGAAACAUAUGCUGACUAUUGGUAUGAAGAUUAUGGUGUCAAGAAUAAGUCUUUUAUUCCAAUAUCACUUAUGUGGACCCUAAAAAACGAUGAAAUACCAAAUUGUUGGGAAGGAAAUUUCAGGAGACCAUCGCUGGAUUUGGGUAACGGUAGUAAUGUGUAUUAUAUGAAGUGCUACUGUGGUUUUGGACGAGAAGGAAACCCUUAUUUGUACAAUCAAUGCCAAGAAUCUGAAAGGUGUAAAGAGUGUCGGGAUUCUGGACGAAUCUGCCAUUAUGACGAAGGAUAUGCUGAUGAUUUAGAUUACCGGGGGAAUUUCUUUUGUGUGUAUCCAUCGGUAUAUAGUACCCCAGAUCUUGCAAGAAGCAAAUCACCAAUAGGUGUUAUUCUAGGUACUAGCAUAUCCAUAGGGUUGAUCUUCCUAGCAAAGAUGAUCUUCGAGUUGUACAAACUAAUCAAGAAAAUAAAAACCAAGAGACGGAGAGAGAAGUUUUUUAAACACAAUGGUGGCCUACUUCUUAAACAACGAGAAGCAACUGACACUAGUUUAGUUGAUAAAACCAUACUUUUCACCUCUACUGAGUUGGAGAAGGCGACUAACCAUUUUGAUGAUAACAGAAUUCUUGGUCGAGGGGGUCAAGGCACAGUGUAUAAAGGCAUGUUAUCAGAUGGAAGGAUUGUGGCAGUUAAGAAAUCAAAAGUUGUUGAUGAGAGCCAACUAGAGCAAUUCAUCAAUGAAGUUGUCAUUCUUUCACAAGUUAAUCAUAGGAAUGUUGUCAAACUAUUGGGAUGUUGCCUUGAGACAGAGGUUCCUAUACUUGUCUCUGAAUUCAUCCCAAAUGGCACAUUGGAUGUAAAGACCACUAAUAUACUUAUGGAUGAAACGUAUAGAGCCAAGGUAUCUGAUUUUGGAACAUCAAGGUUGGUAUCAAUAGAUCAAACUCACUUAACGACCUUAGUCAAAGGAACAUUUGGUUAUUUGGAUCCAGAGUACUUCCAAUCCAGUCAGUUCACCGAAAAGAGUGAUGUCUAUAGCUUUGGAGUUGUUUUGCUAGAACUUUUGACAAGAGAAAAGCCAAUUUCAUUUACAAGAUUUGGUGAAAAUAGAAAUUUAGCUACACACUUUAUGCUGGCCAUGGAAAAAGGCCAUGUGAUGUCUAUUUUUGAUGCAAUGGUUGUGAAGGAGGGUUCUAGGGAUGAGCUCUUAGCUAUAGCUAACUUAGCAAGUCGAUGCUUGGAUGCUAAUGGAAGAAACAGACCAACAAUGAAGGAAGUAGCCAUGGCAUUGGAAGGUAUGAGAACAUCACAUGUGCCGUCAACUGUUCAAAUGAUUUUUGGAAAAGUGAACUCUAGCACAAAUAUAUUUAUGCUACCAAGUGAUGUGUCAACGUCAACAACAAUUAAUUUCAGAGAAAACAUUAGUAAAUGA